AUGCCUUUCGAAACUCAGGAGCCCUGGAAAAGACAGUUCUACAGUGGUACCGAAUGUCCCGAGCAUGUAGUCAUUCCAUUGAAGGACUACAAUGCGUACCGCCUCAAUCCGGUGCACCGAUGGGUGUACAAUAAGCUGGAAAUCGCAGAGAAGCAGGGACUGGCGUGUGCACCACAUGGAAUAGCUCCUGAGAAAUUCCCUGUCUUCAGCAAGCCGAUUUACAACAUCAGGAAUCUUGGAGCGGGAACCAGAAUUCUUGAAGACAUGGAAGACUACCGUGAGCACUGCUCGUCGGGACAUAUGUGGUCAGAGCUUCUUGAAGGUGACCACAUCAGCACUGACGUGGCGGUUCUCAAUGGCAAAGUAGUCUGGCUAUCCCACACGCUGGGCAUUCCCUCUGGCGGCGGCACCUUCGACAGAUGGGAAGUCAAUAUCGCUGUACCACAGCAGGACGAGCGAACACUCGUGGAUUUUAUAGAGCUACACUUGCCAGACUACACAGGCAUGCUCAACGCCGAGAUGAUUGGUGGAAAGAUUAUCGAGAUGCACCUGCGCUUCACCAACCAAUGGCCCGACCUCUAUCCGCGCGGGUUUUUGGAUGCCGUGGUUGGGUUGUAUCAAGGGAAAUGGUGUCCAACUGCCGAGAUGGCGGUCAAUGACACUCGAGGAUUCAGCGUUGUCUUGUUUGGUACCCCGAAAUCAGAGUCGUGGGUGAAGCCCGAGAUGUCGCUAGUUGAGGCCCUCCGCUCUCGCCACUCUUUGUACAGCGUGCAGAUGCCCUUCACUGAGGGCAUUCCGGCUCGUCACCACUCUCACCCUCCAGGGGGUUAUCAGCUUGCAACUUUCAAUGGGCCCGAUCUAAUUCAGUGCCUGAAGGCGCGGGAGGACUUCAAGAAGUUAUUUAGUGCUGUUAACAGUUGGUCUAGCAUCACAGCAAGCCACGUCUAG